AUGUGCAGAAAUUACAUAUUUGGCCACAGUUACGGAACAACGCUUCAAAAUUGGUUAAUUGCACGAUCUCUUCUGAAAAAGCUACCACCGGGUAUUUAUUGGACAGGUCUAAAUGCAACAGAAAACCAAAACAAGUUGGGAAUUAUUUGGGAACUCAUGGAAACCUCCAUCUAUAACCCUAUUUGGGCCACGGAUGAACCGCAUGGGUCAACUGACCCUUUCGACAAAUGCAUAGCGCUCGAUCUACGCUCAGAAGCUAGUGUGGGCUGGCGUUUGGUCAACUGUACUGAGCGAUUGCCAACGCUUUGUGAAACAUUCGCCUGCAUGGGAGAUGAUUUUCGAUGCCUUGACAAUACCCGUUGUAUCCCCAGAAGUGCGGUCUAUGACGGUAUCAUCGACUGUGGCGACGGAUCGGAUGAAAGGGCGCGGUUGAUUGCGGGACAUGGUUUUGAGCAGGACCGGAAAUACUCGCAGUUUUCCAGCAAUGAUUGUCAAAAUGUUGUAGUCACUCUACCUGAAGGGACAAUCGCAUCACCGAACUAUCCAGGAAAUUAUCCUCAGAGAAAAUUUUGUCAGUGGAAUAUUCGUGCUCAACCUGGUCAAAUCAUUAUCAUUAAUGUGGAAGACAUCGCCUUGGCGCCUGGAGACACGCUCUCCCUUGAAGGAAACCAGGAAGGGCGACAAAUUCUUACUGAAAAGUGGCAGUUAUCCCCUUGUCGUAUAUUUCCAAAUCAAACACGAUCCAUUUGUCAUUUGCCAGCGGUGCAAAUGGUACUGCUAGAGGAUUCUUGUUGCACUACCACAGUAGAGAUCCUAAAAAUGUUUGCCAUGCAGCCGCCAAUGGUGUCAUUGUCUACGAAUCUUGGC